UCAUUUUCCUUUUGUCAUUUUCCUUUUGUCUCUUUUUCCUUUUGUCGUUUUCCUUUUGUCAGACCCACAAACGCCAAAAUGAGGUUAUCAUCCAUCGUCCUCUCAUCCCUCAGCCUGGCGGCCCUCUGUAGCGCCGCCGCCAUCAGGGUCGCGCCUCGGGACGGCAAGUACCAGGACGAGGAGCCCGCGGCCGUCAUCCCCGGCAGCUUCGAGCAGUUCGUGAUGCAGGGCGGCAACGCCAGCGAGGCGCCGCCCAUGCUGCCCAGCUCCGGGCCGGCGGCCAGCAUCACCACCGGCGGCAUCGUCAAGGCGCGCGCCGUCCACGGGUCCGACGACCGCUACACGGAGGGCGGGAUGCAGUACCCCUUCUCGGCCCUGGGUCGCAUCACCAUGAAGUACGAGGGGCGCAGGUCCUGGUGCUCCGGGUCGCUCGUGGGGCCAAGGCUGGUGGCGACGGCGCGGCACUGCGUCAAGCCCAACGGGGUCUACACGUUCGCGCCAGCCUACUACGCCGGCGACCGGUUCACGCCCGCGACGGUGACGCACGUGCUGCACAUCGACAGCCAGAAGAAGAACGGCACGUGCGGCUACGCCGACGACUGGGCCAUCUUCGUGCUGAACCGGGACCUGAGCGCCACCAACGGUUACCUGGGCGUCAAGGUCAUGACCGAGGACCUGAUGCAGAAGGAGGUCUGGUGGUCGUACGGAUACCCGCAGGACCGCAACCGCACCGGCCAGCUGCCCUUUGUGAACCACAACUUCAAGGUCUGGAGGCCCGACGGCUGCAACCACGCCCGCUCGCCGCUGCUGCACGCGGCCGACUCGAGCCCCGGGCAGUCGGGCUCGGCCAUCUGGCUCGAGCCCGACGCGCAGGGCCGCCGCUACCAGUACGGUGUCCACGUCGCGAGCUCGGACAAAAACGGCAUCCUGUCGACCGGCCCGGCCUGGCUCAAUGCAGUCGUCGCCGCGCGCAAGAAGUUUCCUUAG